UACAGGUCAGUCAGUUUGCCGAGAGGGGAACAUUUCAGUCGCAAGUGAACAGGCGUACGUGUCGAUAACAAUGAAGUUUGUUUUGAUUUUCUGCCUCGUUUUUUGGAUGAUGUGUUCCAUUGAUGCAAAACACCACAAAUCAAAGUCACAUGGCAAAUCGGGACAUCACAGAUCCAGUUCAGUGGAAGAAACCUCGAAAAAAGACCGACCAGCUAGCCGUCACGCUAUUUUCGCGGGUGGAGAUUCUGGAGAAAGUGGCGAAUCGGGCGAGUCUGGCAAUGGGAAAGCUGCAGAUAGUGGUAAUUAUGGCGAGAGCCAGGAGUCCGCUGAUAGCGGAGAUUCUAGGGACAGCGGUGACUCUGGUGAUAGCGGUGACUCUGGCGAUGGCGGUGACUCUGGUGACAGCGGUGAUUCUGGCGAUAGUGGGGAUCAAGCCAAUUCAAAAUAAAAUGAUUACAUUUGUUUAUAAUGGACCAUCGAUUAGAUUUCGAGGGUGUGACUUUCGAUACUGACCUUGAGAUUAAUAAACUUUUAGAUAAACGGCUCAUCCCAUGGUUUGGUAACACUGACUUCCAUUUCCCUACACCUACA